UGAAAUCGGUGUUUUCGUUUGUCCCCCCAUCUUUGGGUGAAAUGGUACGUCUCGGUGUAAGCCACGCCCACUUCUGGUUGCUAACGCUAUAGUUGAGAAUGGUUCUAUUAUUGUUUACGUCCGUGAGGCUUGAGCGACGUAAUGGCCAGUAAAAGCGAAAGAAAAAAUAAUAGAGUAGCAAUAAGUAGCUCCGAGUCAGGAGAGUGAUGAAAACUGGCACUUAGACAUAUAUAUGUUCGGAAACUCAUGGAGUUACGCAACGCGACACGGAGGCAGUUAGUGUUAAGGAGCGGGAGGCGAAGCUGCAAAAGAUCCGCCACCAUGAAGCGGGACGCGGGGAAAGUUUUGAGGUCGCUCCCGCUGCAGGGCAACGACCCCGGAGACGCGACCAUCGAAGAGGCCUGCUUUACCCUGGGCUUGUCCAAGCAGGCCGGCCUCGAGAACGCCAGCGUGGUCAUGGCACCGCGGUACAGCCUGCUCCGGGAGGUGGGACGGGGAAGCUACGGGAUCGUCUACGAGGCCGUGGCCCGAAAAUCCGGCGCCCGCGUGGCGGUGAAGAAGCUCCGCUGCGACGCGCCGGAGAAGGUCGAGCUGGCCCUGGCUGAGUUCUGGGCCUUGGCGAGCUUGGAGAAGAAACACGAAAACAUCGUCCAGUUGGAGGAGUGUGUGCUGGAGAGGAAUGGCAUGGCGCAGAAAAUGAGCCACGGCAACAAAAGAUCCAAACAGUAUUUACGAUUAGUGGAAACUUCAUUAAAAGGUGAGCGUAUCCCCGGUUAUCCCGAGGAACCAUGCUACCUCUGGUUCGUAAUGGAGUUCUGCGAAGGUGGUGACCUGAACCAGUACAUCCUGUCACGACGGCCCGACCCACGAACCAACAGGAGCUUCAUGAAGCAGCUGACCAGCGCCGUGGCCUUCCUCCACAAGAACAACAUCGUCCACCGUGACCUCAAACCUGACAACAUCCUGAUCUCACAGAAGUUCGGCAUGCCCAUCAUCAAGGUGGCCGACUUCGGUCUGAGCAAGGUGUGCGCCGGUCUUGGAUGCAUAGAACGUGGGUCUGAAGGACAUGUCGAAAAGAACAUCAACGUCAACAAGUUCUGGUUGUCGUCGGCAUGCGGUUCGGACUUCUACAUGGCGCCCGAGGUAUGGGAAGGCCACUACACGGCCAAGGCGGACAUCUUUGCGCUUGGCAUCAUCAUUUGGGCUAUGCUCGAACGGAUCACGUUUAUUGAUGGCGAGUCGAAGCGCGAGCUCUUGGGCACGUACAUCCGUCAAGGCAACGAGAUCGUGCCAGUGGGCGAGGCGCUGCUUGAGAACCCCAGGAUGGUCCUGCACAUCCCACAGAAGGCACGGAGCUCAAUGUCCAACGCCAUCCGGACGCUCCUGCACGACAUGUUGGCCGUUAAUCCGGAGGACCGACCGGACGCCUUCCAGCUUGAGCACAGGAUGGACCAAGUUACGUGUGCUACAUGAACCAGACCAGAUGAAUUUCAAGCUGAAUUUCAGGUUUGAGAGCAGCGCGAGCGUCCGAUCGCUCAGCGGGACGGAGAACAGGAGCGACGAAUCUCAGUACUGUGAAGAGCGUGUCGGAGUAAGGACAGGAAAUUAAACUCUUCAGGAUGUGAUGGAAAUCAGACCGGGUCACGCAAAGCCCAUAAGCCAUCGUGCCUGCCAUUUCUGCAUGUCUGGUCUUCCGUUGUUUUUUUUUCCCGGUUUUCUUUUAAGUCUCAUCAAAACUGUUUUUUUUUUUGUUUUGUUGUUUUGUUUUUAUUUGAUUUUUUUUUUAUUAUCUUUUGUUUCUCUGUCUUAUCAAUCGUGCUGUUGUUCGGGGCCACAGACAGGAGAAAAGACGACAUGUUGCACUUUGUACUCGUCACCUCUGCACUUCUCACAACCUUAAAGAGCGUCCGUAGACGACGUUCCGGAUUCUAGAAUUUUCCGGAGUGUUCUUUGGGAUGCUGAGGAAUGUUCCGGAGUCAGGACAGGAGUAACAGUAGUCACUGAAAGACGUACUGUGAACUAAGUAAUGUGAACACUCAAUCCGGUGUGUGUGUGUGUGUGUGUGUGUGUGUGUGUGUGUGUUUGUGUGUGUGUGUGUGUGUGUGGCCGAGCAACAGCCUCCUGGUUCACGAUCUCACUCCUGUGCCUUAUUUAAUUUUUUUUUUUUUUUUAAUUAAUGACAGAUUUGGCGAUCUGACACAUUUUGAACGAAUCCUCACUUAUCUUUCGUCCUCACAUUCAACAACAACAACAAAAAGAGGACACUUUAAAAACAGGGCCAGGUUUCAAUACUUGAGAACGUUUUAUUUUUGUGUAAUAUUUUAGUUUUUUUCCCACAUGUGUAAAAAUUUGCAUAUUGUAAAAUAUGCAUGCAUUAAUUAUGUGUUCAUUGUCCACGAUAAUGAUCCAGGUAAGACGUUCAAAGUUCUGGGUUCAAAACCCAGAAGAUGUAUUUGGUCAGAAACAUGGGAUUGUCCCAGACAUUAUGUACGCCUGCAUAUAUAGGAGUGAGCAAGAUGGCAAAAAUAUAUGAUGUAUAUUUAAAUUUGCUAAAAAAGUGCAAGAAAAACAUUAGCACUGAAUUUCCAAACCUUCAGAAGUAAGGUAUAUUUCUGUGUAACAGUGAGGAAAAUAACCAAACUGUCAAAAAAAAAGGAAGAAACAAACAAACAGUCCUCAUGUGUACAGAAAUUUUUGAAAAUGUAGGUUUUUUUUCUACAUUUUUGCUCCACUUGAAAACUUUGAGUCACUGAAAACGAAGCUUUUUGAAAACAGACGAUUUGUUAAAAAUGUCGGGGAAAACACUUGUUUUCGAAACCGUUGACGUCACAGCGUGAGCCCACACAUGCUCGUUGUUUUGCGUAAACGUCCCAGGACUCCUGCUGAUCAGUUUCUUACUUUGCGCUCUGCAAUUUCUUAUAACUUGUUCGUAAUUUAUUUCCGCAUUGUUUCAACUUCAGCUUCAUACGGAUGCGGCGAAUCUGAACCCGUUGCUCUGGCACGACAAGCCGCACUGCGAACGGAGACGUUGGACACUUUACACUCAUUUAGGUGUAACAUUUAAUCCAACUCAUGGUCAGUUCACACAUAUAUUUCCUUUUAGAACUGUCAGCCAUGUUGUUUUCUGCGUUUCGUUUUCUCUACGCAGCUCUUUACGCUAUUCUAGAGGUGUUUUUAAUACAAGACUUUAUGGCAUAACAUCAUCCACUGCUCGGGUUUUGUAGUUUAUUAUGGAAAAAGCUGUUCUUGUGGAUGGGACUGUUUUUAAAAACGGAGGAGUAAAAACUAUAUAUUCAAAAAUAUCUGUAUACGUGUGGACUUUAAUGUCCAAUCAGCUACGUGUUAAUGGAGUUAGUCCAUUGGUGUUGCAAAGGCUUCCAUAAAAUGAAUGUAUGGUUAUAAUUUAUCAUGAUAUCCAUAUCAUGUCAUGUUGACCAGCCGUAGAUCAAGAUGCACUAUAUGACCAAAAGUAUGUGCACCCCUGACCAUCACACCCAUAUGUGGUUCUUCCUCAAACUGUUACCACAAAGUCUGAAACACACAAUUGUAUAGAAUGUCUCUGUGUGCUGUAACUUUACAAUUUCCCUUCACUGGAACUAAGAGACCCAAACCUGUUCCAGCAUGACAAUGCCCCUGUGCACAAAGCGAGCUCCAUGAAGACAUGGUGUGUGAAGGUUGGAGUGGAAGAACUCGAGUGUCCUGCACAGAGCCCUGACCUCAACCCCACUGAACACCUUUGGGAUGAACUGGAACACCGACUGCACUCCAGACCUCCUCGACAUCCCAACAUCAGCGCCUGAUCUCACUAAUGCUCUUGUAGCUGAAUGAACACAAAUCCCCACAGCCACGCUCCAACAUCUAGUGGAAAGACUUCGCAGAAGAGUGGAGCUUAUUAUAACAGCAAAGGGGAAAUAAAUCUGGAAUGAGAUGUUCAACAAGCACAUAUGAGUGUGAUGGUCAGGGGUGCACAAACUUUUGGCCAUGUAGUGUAUAAAAACUGUUUAUAGUGCUAUUGAAAACAGUGUAUAUAUGACACAAACAUCCAUCUUUAUUGGCUUUUACUGACUUUAAAUAGUUUAAACGUUGACUCUUCGGUUGUAUAAAGUGUGAAGAGGGAACAAAACGACCACCACUUUGGGGAUUUGGUUUAUUUUCUGUCACUUAAACAAACCUAACCUUUGGUUUGAGAAAAACACACACUAAAACGCUGUUGUUGAAGUAAACAGCGAGCUGAAAUUUUCUGUUAAAAUUCUGUUAAAAGUUUAAACAGUGAGGAUUCAUGGGAAAUGGAGUCAAUAGAGAUUGUACAUAUCAAAGGAGAAGUUUAUAGCUUGAUUAGAAGCUCUACGUGACCACGCUACUGCCCUGAACGUGCCAGACGCCGUUUUAAAUCUGCUCACGGUUUAUAGCGUUUCUGAGACCAUGCAGAUUGUGGAACUCUUUCCUCAGCGAUACACUUUUCACAGCAAUCUUCCUAAAAGAUUUGGUUUCCGACUCAUUUUGAGAUCGUGUUUAUUUUCCUGGUUUACUUGCUCGAUGGUUCUACCUCAUUUUUUCCACGAUGUUCCUGAUGUUGCUUUUCAUUACACAGUGUCAUUUGUCUCUUAAAGGUUAUUAAAGGAUUUUGGCACAAUUGUGCAUUUCAAUGUGAUCUCGAAACAGCGUUUUUUAAAGCCGUAUUUAGGAACAAUAUCCUAGUUUCCAGGGUUAUAAUACUACAAUUCCCCAUUUUUCUAGAUUUCCGCUCAUUCUGAGUUAGUGUUACACAACAUCUGUUGCUCUUUCAUCUGAUGAACUGAAGUAUGCAGAAGAAUAACAAACAUUUCUUCAAAUUGUUCGCUUAAAAGGUGUCUGUCUCAGUGGAAAAGCCUUUAUAUCAGGUGCAAAAACUCAUCUAGUCUGCCUCCUCUUCAGUCAAACACAUGGAUUGUGUGGAGUAUGUAAGGAACAACACACUCAGGGUCAUGCUGUUUUAGGAAAAUAAUCAACGACAUGAUUAUUUUGCUAUAACAGCACGGCAGAUUUGAGCUAUAUGACACCACACAUGACUUGGAUGAUCAAUAGCUCUGGAAAGUGUAUUUUGGAAAAUUCAAUUUUUUAUGUUACUUUAACAGAAACCAAUGAUUUGACGUUGUGAAGGUUUUUUUGUUUGUUUGUUUUAUUUUUUAAACGAAUGCCUCCUACUGCUCUUCCUGACUCCUGCAGUAAGGACGAGUUCACUACAGUUCACGGUUACUGGGACGUCCUUGUGUGUUUCAUCAUCUUUAGUCUUUUACUGCAUCAGCAACCGAUGCUGAAAAUACCUCAUCCCAACAGAACAUCGCACUCUACUCUGCCUUUUCUUUAUGCCAGGAUGGAAAUUCCUCUGAUAAAAGGUUUGCAGGUCAAACACAACUCUCUGGCACAGCUAUUCAGUGCGUUAAAAGGAAAAGGUGGAAAUUUCAGGACAUUUUUUUACUAACUGUUGUGCACAGAGGACUUGGCACUUCAUCUACAGAUAUUUCUGUUCAUAAAAUCAUGGCAUAACGUACUUUAUCGAGAUUUUCAUGUCAAAAUAAGUUGAUUUAGUAUUAAUGCUAUUAAACACUCAAGGUUUUUGUGAAGUAUUUGUUCCAUCAUGUACAUAUUUUUUCUAAAUAAAUGAACAAUUAAAUAAAA